AUGGAUUGGGCGACGGCUACUUUAUUUAAUAAAGGACAAGAACGAACAUUAGAUGAAUAUCAGCGACUACGGAAACAAGCUGGUUUUGAUUACCAACAAUUUUAUCCACCUCAAGUACCACCAGAGGUGCAGAAUCUACCCGUGUGUGCGUACGGCCGUGUGGGAAAAAUUUUGCAAACCUAAGCAUCAGGGGAAAUUUUUGGAAAAAUAUUUUCUCUUCUAAGCGUGCAGGGGCAAGUAUUUUUCCAAACGAAUCUUGUUUUAUUUAUAUGUGCAUCGAUCAUAUCAUGCAUCU